GUUUCUGAUAAAAGUUAUCGCCCUUUUAACAACAAUUCCGCGUGUUAGGCCUACAGGAGCAAUGUCGGGCCGAGGAAAAGGAAAGAACGCGAUUUCGUAUGUACAAAAUGAAGAGCCAGCGUUUAUCAGACAAUUCAAACAGAACGUAGGCUACAAAGAAGGCCCGAACGUCGACACCAAGAGACAAGCUAUGCCAGAUUUCGAUGAUGAUGAUGAUUGUCCAGAGGCUGAUGAUGAGAAACCAGUUGUCGUGGUGACACGUCCAGGUGACCUGACAGCGGAGCAAGCAGAGGUUGUGGAGAACAUACAAAGCAAGGAGGAAGCGGAGAAAGCUAUCAGAGAGGGGAAGAUCACCUUCAAACAGCCAGAAAAGCGUUCAUCCACAGACACGGACUCAUCAGACUUAAAUCCCACUGCAUCAAAAAAGAAAAAGAAAGACUCUGAUGCAAAGAAAAUUUCAGGUUCAAAAAAAGUGAAAAACUCAAAGCUUUUAUCAUUUGCUGAAGAUGAUGAAGACGAUGAAACAUGAAGAUACUGUUAUUAUUUUCACCUUGAACGAGAGGUAAGCUGAUCUCCGGGACAAUACUACUACCACUACCAGGCCGGUGAAGUACUCCUGACUGACUUCAACAGUGGUGAAACAAAUGGUGUUCAGUUCACACUCUGGGCCAAGGAGAAAAUGCUGAACCUCGCUAUGUGGAUGGUCCUAUGGAGGAGAAAACAGAUGUUGCCCGAGUUGGCUUCCUGUAGUUCCCUUGAUUUAAUAGUGUACUUUUUGGUCUCAGAAACAAAAGAGUACACAGUGAGAUACCGGAGGCUAUCACAAACGUGGAUGAUAAUACCUCCCAAACAUCACAUGUCAUAGUGCUAGUGAGAUACAUGGAUGACACCCUUUAAAUUUUGUUUCUCUCUGUUCCUUAUAUAGAUAAUAAAAAUAUCAGCAGUUACAAUUUAAAAACAACACAGGGGAAAUAAAUUAAAUCGCCCAGUUGUGGAACUGAUCGAAAACAAAUAAAAAUUAGAACCAAGACAGAUUUUCAUGUGGAAGUAUUUUAGCACCGACUGAGAUAGCUACAAGUGGGUGAAUUUUUAACUGAAUUAAUGGAAAAUAAAGCUGAAAUAGGGAAAAUAAACUAUAGCUGAAAUAGGGAAAAUAAAAUAAAGCUGAAAUAG